AUGUCAAAAGCCGAGUCCUCCAAAGCCGCCGCCAGCAAUGGCGUCAAACCCAACCCCAAUGCGGCCGGCGGUGCAAACUACGAGCUGCCAUGGGUAGAGAAAUACCGUCCCGUCUACCUCGAUGAUGUCGUCGGCAAUACCGAAACCAUUGAGCGCCUCAAGAUCAUCGCCAAAGACGGCAACAUGCCCCAUAUGAUCAUCUCCGGUAUGCCUGGUAUCGGCAAAACCACAUCCAUCCUCUGUCUCGCACGCCAACUCCUCGGCGAUGCCUACAAGGAGGCUGUCCUCGAACUCAACGCCUCAGACGAACGUGGUAUAGACGUUGUCCGCAACAGGAUAAAGGGCUUUGCGCAGAAGAAAGUCACACUUCCCCCGGGUAGGCAGAAGCUGGUCAUCCUCGACGAAGCGGACAGCAUGACCAGCGGUGCACAACAAGCUUUGAGGAGGACGAUGGAGAUAUACAGUGCAACAACCCGAUUUGCAUUCGCUUGCAACCAGUCGAACAAGAUCAUCGAGCCGCUACAAUCAAGGUGCGCCAUCCUCCGAUACGCCCGCCUUACCGAUGCGCAAGUCGUGCGCCGCGUCAUGCAGAUCUGCGAAGCUGAGGACGUGAAAUACUCAGACGAUGGAAUUGCGGCACUGGUAUUCUCAGCGGAGGGAGAUAUGCGACAAGCCAUCAACAACCUGCAGUCGACUUUUGCUGGGUUCGGCUUCGUUAAUGGCGACAAUGUCUUUAGGGUGGUCGACAGCCCGCACCCCAUCAAGGUACAAGCCAUGAUCAAGGCGUGCCAUGAGCAGCGUAUCGACGAUGCUCUGACAUCACUGAAAGAGCUGUGGGAUCUGGGAUACUCGUGUCACGACAUCAUCAGCACAAUGUUCAAAGUUACAAAGACGAUUGACACGCUGAGUGAGCACGCAAAACUGGAAUUCAUUAAGGAAAUUGGCUUUACCCAUAUGCGCAUUCUUGAAGGCGUACAAACCCUUCUGCAAUUGUCUGGCUGUAUUGCGCGCUUGUGCAAGAUCAAUAUGCAGCCUCAGCUUCAGGAUCUACAACUCAUUAUCCAUCCCACGACCAUGUCUGAAAUGCAAGAAAACCCCACUCCUGCUGACCAAUCCUCAUCAGCUAUCCCAUCGGUCACGUUUGAUGUGAUGAGAACCAUUCCUGACCUCGACAAAUCUCCACUCUCGAUCGCUCAUACCCCCAAAGAGACGAGGCGACCUCCUCCCAUCGACACCUCACGUAACUCGACCAUCGACAUCGCAAAGAUCACCCCACCAGGUCAGACCGACAAGUUCCCCAAGGAGGCUCUAGGUACCUAUACACCCAAAAAUGCACCCGUGACAGACGCCAUGAUCGAACGCACAUACCAAAGCAUUCUACGAGGGGACUUCGGUAUCGAUCUCAACAUGUUCAAGCCCGACGAAAACGACCCGGAUUACGAUGUACGAAGGCAUUUGUCGUUGGUGCAGCUGGCGCUGUUGGCGACGAUGCAGGAUGACCACCAGGAUAGGAUCAUUGAGGCCAUCCGCGAUGAUGCUGAUGGUAGUAUUUUCUGGAAGGGACCUGGUAGUGAGGAUGCUGGGAUCGGAUGGCGGAAGGAUGAUGAGGAGUUCAAGGCUGAGAUCUGUAGGCAGCGUUGA